AACACAUAAAUAGUUUGCUAGCAUGCAGACAGUGUCCAGUAGCCUUUGCGCCAUUUGAGGCAUAAUGGACAUAGCUUUUAUCAUGUUGUUGGUUCUUUCUCUGCUCCUGUUCCCUAAUGGCAUCUGCAAGAGUUUAGCUACAGGACCUCCUGUUGUGAAUAUUGGGUCUAUUCUUCAGUUUGACUCCACCACCGGGGGUGUUGCGGCAGUUGCCAUCCAUACAGCCGUGGAAGAUAUCAACUCUGAUCCAACAGUUCUAAAUGGAACUACACUAAAGGUUCAAAUCAAGGAUACAAAUUGCUUUGAUGGUUUCCUUGGCAUGGUUCAAGCUUUGCAGUUCAUGGAGACUGAUGUUAUUGCACUCAUUGGCCCUCAGUGCUCCACAAUUUCUCAUAUCAUUUCAUAUGUAGCAAAUGAGCUUCGAGUCCCUUUGAUGUCCUUUGCUUCUGAUGCAACUCUUUCAUCAAUACAGUUCCCGUUCUUUGUCAGGACGGGUCCCAGUGAUCUCUAUCAAAUGGCGGCUGUGGCAGAAGUUGUUGACUACAACCACUGGAAGAUAGUGACUGCCAUAUACAUUGAUAAUGUUUAUGGUAGAAAUGGCAUUGCUGCUUUGGAUGAUGCACUCACUUUAAAGCGCUGCAAAAUAUCCUACAAGGUUGGGUUUCCUUCCAACGCUAAAAGGAGUGACCUCAUAAAUUUGUUGGUUAGUGUCAGUUCUAUGGAGUCUCGUGUUAUCAUUCUCCAUACUGGAACUGAACCUGGACUCAAGCUUUUCUCUAUGGCACACCAACUGAACAUGAUGGGCAACGGCUAUGUGUGGAUUGCAACUGACUGGCUGUCUGCAUAUCUUGAUGCUAAUUCAUCAGUUCCUGUUGAGACUAUAUCUGGCCUGCAAGGUGUUCUUACUUUACGGCCACAUAUUCCCAACUCAAAGAUGAAGAGUAAUUUGGUCUCCAAAUGGAGCACGCAAAGUAAAAAGUACAACUACAGUGAUGUUUGUAUAAAUACUUAUGGUUUUUAUGUUUAUGAUAGUGUCUGGGCAGUAGCUCAUGCUCUGGAUGCCUUCUUUGAUGAUGGUGGUAGGAUUUCCUUUUCAAAUGACUUGCAUGAUGGAACUGGAGGAACUCUUCACCUUGAAGCAAUGAGCAUUUUUGACAUGGGAAAUAAAUUACUGGAGAAGAUUAGAAAGGUAAACUUCAGUGGGUUAUCUGGGCAAGUGCAAUUCGAUGCUGUAGGCAACCUCCUUCACCCUGCGUAUGACAUCAUAAAUGUCAUCGGAAAUGGCAUGCGGACCAUUGGUUUUUGGUCAAACUAUUCUGGCUUGUUGUCGACUGUCUCUCCAGAGGCUCUAGAUUCAAAGCCUCCUAAUACUUCUCUAGCCAAUCAGCAUCUCUAUGAUGUUAUUUGGCCUGGGGAGACUGCACAGAGGCCUCGAGGAUGGGUUUUUCCUUCUAAUGCCAAGCAGUUGAAAAUUGGUGUUCCCAACAGAUUUAGCUUCAAAGAGAUCGUCACGGUAGACAAUGCUACUGGGUCAAUGAAGGGUUAUUGCAUCGAUGUCUUUACUCAGGCAUUGGCUUUGCUUCCUUAUCCUGUUAGUUACAAGUUUGUACCUUUUGGGAAUGGUACUGAAAAUCCUAAUUAUGACAAACUCGUACAGAUGAUUGAAUCAAAUGAGUUUGAUGCAGCUAUAGGGGAUAUUGCAAUUACAAUGAGGCGGACAGUAACUUUUGAUUUCACCCAGCCAUUCAUUGAAACAGGCUUGGUUAUCUUGGCUCCGGUUAAAGAGCAUAUAACAUCGUCCUGGGCAUUCUUGCAGCCAUUUAGUUUGGAGAUGUGGUGUGUUACAGGGCUAUUCUUUCUUAUUGUGGGUGUGGUUAUUUGGAUUCUUGAACAUCGGAUCAAUGACGAUUUCCGUGGUUCAGUAUGUCAACAAAUAAUAACUAUUUUCUGGUUCAGCUUUUCGACUUUGUUCUUCGCACACAGAGAAAAUACUAUGAGCACCUUAGGGCGUGGUGUCCUGAUCAUAUGGCUGUUUGUUGUUUUGAUAAUUGUAUCCAGCUAUACCGCGAGUCUUACUUCCAUCCUGACCGUGCAACAACUCGAUACUUCUAUAAAAGGAAUCGAGGACCUGAAAAAUAGCAAUGAUCCUAUUGGUUUCCAAGUUGGUUCUUUUGCACAAGACUACAUGGUCAAGGAGCUCAACAUCUCACGGUCAAGGCUAAGAGCUCUUGGUUCACCACAAGAAUACGCUGAAGCCCUCAAGAUAGGCCCUAAGGAAGGAGGUGUUAUGGCCAUUGUCGACGAGCGCCCCUAUGUUGAACUGUUUUUGUCAUCCUACUGCAAGAUUGCGGUAGCUGGCACAGAUUUCACCAGCAGAGGAUGGGGCUUUGCAUUUCCAAGGGACUCCCCUUUGCAAGUAGACCUCUCCACCGCAAUCCUGUCUCUGUCAGAGAAUGGGGAGCUGCAGCGGAUCCAUGCCAAAUGGCUCAAUACAGGGGAGUGCACAACUGACAACAGUGAGCUUGUCGACUCGAACCAGCUCCGCCUUGAGAGCUUCCUUGGUCUGUUCCUAAUCUGUGGUGUGGCAUGUGUUCUCGCGCUGCUACUCUACUUUGGUAUCAUGCUAUGCAAAUAUCUGAGGCAUGAACCGUGGAAGAGCCUCAGAAGAUUCAUCUCGUUCGUCCAUGGGAAGGAGCCGCCGAAGAACAAGGAGAGGCGGUCCAUGAGCCUGCCUGGAAGCUCAACGCCAACAACGCCGAUGAGCAGCCAUAGUUCCCUUGACAUGGAAAGGCCGGCCAGGCCAGUCAGAAACGGUAGCAUUAUUGACAUGGAAAGCUAAUUCAUGUGUAGAAAGCUAGUUAACAAUGCGGUCGACUAACCUAGGUUCUGGUAGUCGGACAGCAGGGCUGUAUAGGAGGAUUCGAAAUACUUCUUAAGUACUCCCUCCGAUUCAACUUAAUUAACUUUGACUUGGUACAACCUUAGUACAAAGUUGUACUAAGUCGGCGCAAUUAAUUUUGAUCUGAGGGAGUACUAAAGUUUAUGAAAUAACAGAAGGAAGGAUUAAUAAGAAAUAGAAAUAUUGAAAUGCUCCUCCUGUCCUACAUAUAUUGUUUUUACCUUUGCAUGUGUUUGAUAGGGCGUAGUAGUAGUGUGUGGGUACUUCAGUUAGAAGGUAUGCAGUGGACCAGUCUAUCGACCGUGUGGCAAUGCCUGUAGUUUGUAGCACUAAACUUUGAUGCCCAUUCAUAAACUAAUUUAGAUGGAGCCGCACAAAAAUUGUGUUUUUUUUUUUGCUCACACACUCUGUUUUGUCUCAGUUUUAGUCCAGCGCAACUUUGAAGCUUAUCCAGGGCAACUUUGAAGCUUAUCCAGGGCAACUUUAACUAUUUACAGGAGAAAUUGUUAAAGACCUUAUUAAGUGAAGAAGAAUAGACGUCUCCAGUUUUUGUUUCUCCAACUCUAUGCCUACACUGUAAAUUAUUUAUGAAUUAGCUCCAGUUGAUGCAACUGUACUCUUUCUGGUAGGUCUGAGAUGGACUGAGCAUCCUAAGCUAGCUACUUGUCUCCCUUAGGUUUUACAGCAAGACAAAUGCACUGGACUACAAAGAGGAAAAUUCUUGCAGGCAUAUUCAUCGCGCUUGUGUUUUGACGUGUUGCGGGCAACCAAGAGUCGUUCAACAGUGUGUUGCUGGGGUACGCCACCGGUCUGACAGUAAAAGGUAGCGCUGAUGAACUGGUUUCAAGCCGAGCUGAUCAGUUCUGCUGUUACUAAUAUAUCAUGGCAUCUUGCGGCUCUCGGUCGAUGUUCUGUCAUCUAUGAGGAGAGAGUUUCCAUUUAAUCUAGUUGCUAAUGCUUUGUAUACAAAAUUAUAGAUGCCUACACAAUACAAAAUCAAAAGUUAUUUUCUUAGUCAAACUGGAAAAUUCAUAGAUUUGCAGGAACAUCUGUACAUAAAGCCUUUUCCAUCAAAGUAUGUACAUACAUUGUCUAUUUUAACAUAAGAAUGUAGGACUCGUUCAA